AUGGCGGCGCCCAGGCGCGGCGUGGUUGGGGGCAGGAUGAAGCGGGCGGCUGGCCGCGCUCGCCGCGGCGACGGGAAGCUGGACAGGCUGCGGCUGGCGGUGCGGGAAUUCGUGCAGGCGGCCGGGGACCAGCCGUCGUCGCCGCCGCAGCACCCGCUGAAAGGUUCGGAGAGGCCGAGCGGAAAGAAUCGGCGGGACGCGAGGAAGGAGAAGCGCAGGCUGAAGCGGAGCCGCCGCCGCCUCCUCCGACGCGGAGACACGGGGGACGUCCCCGCCUCUGCGGCCCGGCCGGCUCCCGCUGCCCGCCCCACGGCUCCGGCCUCGUCCGCCGCCACCGAGAAAAAGCAGCCGGAACCGCCGCGACAGAAGAAGAAACCGGCCCCGAAAGCGUCGCGGCCAUCGGUGGCGGCCCCGCGGCCGUCCGCAGCCGCUUCGUCGAGGAAACGGGCGCUGCUGGAGGCCAACGAGGAGGAGGACAGGGAGAUCCGGCGCUUGGAGCGGCAGCUGAGGCUCGGCAAGCGCCGCAGGAAGAAGGGGGAGGCCGCGUCCGAAGAGCUGCCGCAGAGCUUCCUGCGGGACGGGUUGGGCUACGUGCUGGGCGCCCUGGGCUCCGGCGCCGGCCUCGCAGGGCUCUGCCAGAGCAGCGACGAGGAGGAGGACCCGGAGCCGGGGGGGCGCGGUGAGGACCCUGAGAAGACUGAGGAGGACCCCGAGAAGCUGGUGGAGGCCUCUGACGACUUCGAGGGGUCAGAUGGGGAAGGGCGGUGGGACAGUGAGAGCUCGUCCCGCGAGGACGGCGGGGUGCCUGACAGAAGCGAGGCCUCGGACCCGGAGGAGGAAGAGCAGGAGGAUCGUAAUCACAGUGCUACAAAGUACAUUCCCCCUCAAGUGAGAAAAGCUCAGGAGGCUUUCGAUGGCAAGAAGAAAGAAGAAUUGGAAAGACUAAAGAAAAUGGUGAAUGGUCUCAUUAAUAGGUUGAGUGAGCCAAAUUUGGCCUCCAUCAGUGGACAGCUGGAAGAGCUCUACAUGGCCAACAGCAGAAAGGACAUGAAUGAAACUCUAACAAGUAUCCUCAUGAAUGCUUGUGUUACUGCAGUUGCUAUGCCUGCAAGACUGAUGAUGGAACAUGUCCUUUUGGUCAGCGUUCUUCACCAUACAGUAGGAACUGAGGUCGGCGCUCACUUUUUGGAAGCUGUGGUGAAGAAAUUUGAUGAACUCAGUCGCAGUGAUACUGAAGGGAAAGAAUGUGAAAAUCUGCUUGCCUUGGUCGCCCAUCUUUAUAACUUUCAUGUAGUUCAUUGCCUGCUGAUCUUUGAUAUUCUGAAGAAACUUGUUAGCAGUUUCGCUGAAAAAGAUAUUGAACUCAUUUUGUUUCUUCUGAAAAACGUGGGCUUUUCCUUGAGAAAAGAUGAUGCAUUGGCUUUGAAGGACUUGAUCAGUGAAGCCCAGGGCAAAGCAAACGCAGCAGAGAAGAAACUUAAGGAUCAGACUAGGGUUCGUUUUAUGCUAGAGACCAUGUUGGCACUGAGGAAUAAUGACAUGCGUAAGAUUCCUGGUUAUGAUCCUCAACCUGUUGAAAAACUCCGCAAAUUGCAAAGAACGUUGAUUCACAGCAGUAGUUCUGGAAAAGAAACACAGCUCCGUGUCUCCCUGGAGUCCCUCCUCAACGCAGAUCAGGUUGGUCGCUGGUGGAUCAUAGGCUCAUCCUGGAGUGGAGCACCAAUGAUCAAUAACACAGACAGCAAGACUCAGCAAAAAUUGCAUAUUGGAAAGGUGAGUUCAAAGAUAAUGGAGCUUGCUCGUAAGCAGAGGAUGAACACUGAUAUCAGAAGAAGUAUUUUCUGUGUACUGAUGACAAGUGAAGACUUCAUGGAUGCCUUUGAAAAGCUACUUAAGCUUGGGUUGAAAGAUCAGCAGGAGAGAGAAAUUGUUCACGUUGUCCUUUAUUGCUGCUUACAGGAGAGGACAUAUAACCCCUUCUAUGCAUUUUUGGCUAGCAAACUUUGUGGAUUUGAAAGACGAUUUCAGGUGACAUUUCAGUUUAGUAUUUGGGACAAAAUCAGAGAUUUGGGAAACCUGUCAGCCAGUGCCAUCUCCAACUUGGUAUCACUGUUGGUUCACUUACUAAAAACAAAGUCAUUGCCACUUUCAGUUCUCAAGGUAAUUGAAUUUGGUGAUCUAGAUAAACCCAAAGUCCGUUUCUUGCGACAAGUACUAAGCACACUGUUAGUCAGAAUUGAUGAUGACGACAUUAAUGAUAUUUUUGGGAGGAUAUCUGACAAUCCCAAACUGGGAAUGCUACGGGAAGGCUUGAAAUUGUUCCUUACCCACUUCUUACUGAAAAAUGCACAAGUCCAAAACAGCGAUGAAGAAACUGGCUUGUUAAAAGACAGAGCGGAACUUGCAAGCAGAGCUUUGCAAGCAAAAGAAUCCAAAUUCAAACUGUAGUUCUAUUUAUCAAGUAAAACGUGCAGAAAAACUAGGUUUGCAUGUAGCUGCCAAGCUUUAGUCUUUCAGACCCUAAUUAUUGGGAAUGAGGAGAGGCUUGUAUCCAUUUUUGUGAUGGAAACUGUGCUCAGCACACUAGUUACUGGAGUAACAAGGCAAUACAAGGUGUUUCUGAAGAGAGGGAAAAUGUGGUGGGUUUUUUGUCAUGUCCCUUUAAGUAUGGAUACUUCGUGUAGACAAGUAUCUGGAGAAGAGGUUGGAUUCUAUUGUGUUGUAUUCCUGGUCAUCAGUAGUGUUCAGCAGUGCAUAUUUCAGGCUUUCAGGAGACUGACCACUGUAUGUUAAACAGCCUUAACCACAGGCUGCUUAACUACUGCUAGUGCAUUUUUGUGAAGGAGUGAGCCACUAGAUGGCACAAGUACUGAUGAGUCAGUUUGGGAACACUUUUUUCUUGAAGUGUUGAAUUGAUCAGCUAAUUCUGUGAAUUGUUGUAGUAAAAAGACUUGGGGAUCUGACUUUGCCCAGUUAUGUUGGGUGUACAGAUUAUAUAGUUUUAUGCUCCUUUAACCUGUUUUACUCAGCUUUAAAAUUGGAGUUACCAGUCUUAUUAUUUGUGCUGAUCAGAUUUUCUAGGCGUGAAUAAUAGUAGUCUUUUAGUAAGGGAGUAUCUUCUUUAAGGGUUUGUUUCCACUUCCCAUUCAAAUGCCUUACAAAUCUGUAUGUUUCUUUGUGUAACACUCAGAUUAUUUUGUCACCCCACAACUACACAUGAAACUGAUUUUCUGAAGUGUUCUGCUGUUCAUAUUGUCUUUAUUCCAGCAGGGGAGUGACCUGAAAUGUGGGAGGCACUCCCUAAGUUUGUAGUAAGUACUGUGUUUACCUGUAUGAGGGCUGCCAGCUUAAUUUCUAUGGUGGUCUUGCCCUAAGCUGCUCAGCAGACCCAUCAGUUACAGUGCUUCCUAAUUGCAUUUGUUACCACUGAUUUGUUCUCUUUCUUUCGAUCUGUUCCCAUUGGGAAAAUUUUCUCCCAGAAGGCAUCUGCAAGGAAGCCUUGAGUUCUGCAGCAAAUGAGCAUUACAAGAACAUUUCUUCUUGUUUUUAAUUGGAGCUGAAUGUGGAAUUUUUUGCUUGGUGUGAGACACACUUUUGGGAGGAGGUCUGCUUCUCCCAGCAAGGAGGUGUUUUUCUGGCCUUCCUCUUCUGGGGGCAGACUGGUUAAAGGUUAUCCUGGGAUUGGAGAGACUCAGUUUCAAAAUCACAGAUUAUGCUUACACAUAGUUUGCAAAUAAGAGAUAACUAAAAAAAAAAUGAGCAAAGUAAGAUGCUUUUUUUAGCCCGAUUCAGACCGCUGGCAGCUUUAACCACUUAGAAUGCACAUUUUUGCUCAAUUGGGUCUUAGAUGCAAAAGAAGGAGAAGUAUGAAGUCUUUCCAAAAUCCAUACUAAUUAGAAGUGUUUUGGUGGACUGUGUGACGCAGAAGGCAGAAUGCUGAGGUGUCCCCAUAAACAGCACCUUUGCAAACAACUGUGGUAAACCUGGUCAAGUUUUGGAGGCUGGGCAUGGGAGAAAAUCUGUGCAAGCCUCUAGAAAUUGUGUCUGCUGUGGAAUGCAUGGGACACAGGUAAAAAGUCACUCCCUCUGGGCCGCAGCAGCCACCCAAUUAAUUACCUUUUUGCAGGGAUUGAGGAUCCAGCAUUUCAACUUGUUUGUGGUUGAAUAGCAUACAGUGCAUUGCUCUAAGAAGGUGGUUGAGGCAGCUUUGCUCUUGAAGGCAGAUCUUGAUCCAUCUCCCUGGAAUUCAAUGCAGCAGGCUGUCCUGCUUGUGUGCCUCACUCGGUGAUCAGUACUGAGCACCACUGCCUGUGGAAACAUUGCCUGGUGUUUUAUGGGUCUGAGCCCAUUCCCUCACUGCAGCUGGCUGAGGCGGUGCAGUGCAGGUGUUGCUGUGCAAUUAGAGGAGAUGUCUUUAACCUUACAGUCUAAAAUUACAAUUGCUAUUUUUUUUAAA